AUGUUUUCGACGAGUGUUGUUGCACGAAAAUCGGUCUUCAAACGCUUGUCGGACCUGCUGGCAUUCUGCCUGAAAGAUUGUUUAUUUGACGAGAGAGAUCAGAAAAUGCCGAAAGAGAUCAAAGAAAUCAAGGAGUUUUUGAUGACAGCACGACGCAAGGAUGCGAAGUCGGUGAAAAUCAAGCGAAACCCGGACAAUGUGAAAUUCAAGGUGCGCUGCAGCAAAUAUCUCUACACUCUUGUCGUGCAGGUAAUCACUUUUCAGACUGAGGUGCCUCCAUGA